AUGCCACUACUUAAUAUCUCCAAGGCAUCAGUUUUAUCUGCAGGAGACCAAACCUACCACGACUUGCGGCGCGCACGGCUUGGCAGCGCUCUGCGGACUGUCUUAGCAUGCAGCAUAGUUGGAUGCACCAUCCUCUAUGGCCCUGAGCCUCUCCGCCGUGUGCUCUCGUACCCGGCCUAUACCUACCUAACCACCAUCUUAAUUGUCUCCGAGGCAACUCUAGGAGACGCCCUGAGAGGCUUCUGGCUCGUCGUCUACGCGACAGUCCAGGUCCUGAUCCCCGCCACGCUUAGCCUGUGGCUGGUCGGGCCAGGUCGGUUCACGAAGGAGAUGGCGGCGGUGGCAGUGGCGGUCAUCUCCUUUGCGGUGGCUCUUCCGGAGUCAACUCCGUUGCUGUGCAAGAGGAUCGCUUUCGGACAGACAGUGAUUGUGUAUGUGGGGACUGUGAUCAUUGCCGAUGGUCAUAAGCAGCAGGCCUUCAUGCACCCAAUUCACGUGGCCUCUAGUACAGUGCUUGGAGCUUUGGCUUCUGUCUUAGCUAUGCUAUUUCCUUUUCCAACUCCAACACUAGCUAGUUCCGAGGUGAGGAGAGCUUGCAGGUUAUAUGCUGAAAAUGCUUGCAAGAGGCUUAAUUUUAUUUUGGAGAUCCUCUACGCCCAAAACACCACAGAAGCAGAAGAACUCAUGGCUCAAGAAAGAUGUCUUUCUAAUAUGGGACUUGAACUUAUUCGAAGCGUCGAAAAUAAUCUGGGAGGUAUGGCAUGGGAGAGACCACAGAUCAAACUCUUAACGCUCAACUGGAAGAACUUGGGAGAAAAAUUGCAAGAAAUGCAAUUAUUUAUGAGAGGGAUGGAGAUAGCCUUGUCAUAUUGCACCAAUUUUUCCACUGGCAUCGCUGAUGAAGAGUUCAAACAAGUCCUGCAAAAUUUAAAAGCUCAAAUAUGCCUAAAACUAGAGCAUGCUAAAUGCUUUUUGGCUUUUGAUGCAACUACGGCUCCUGUGGGAAAGGUAGACACUUCGGAGAAACCGAUUUGGAAGGUCAAAACCACCUCCACCAUUUCUAAGAAUCUGCCUGCUCUGUUCCUUUUAUAUUGUAUGGAAUUCCUCCAAGAUGAUCCACCAACUGCUCCCCAAUUAGGGAACACUCCUAAACUCAAGAAUGAAGAAUCAAAUGAAAGGCUGAAUAGUUUCCAUAGGGCCUUGAGCAUCUUGAUUAUAAAACUGCCAAGCAGCCACAACUUUGUUUUUGCAUUAAAGUGCUCAAUUUCAUUGGGUCUAGCUGUGUUGUUCGGGCUGAUUUAUAACAAGGAAAAUGGAUAUUGGUCAGGACUGACCAUCGCAAUCAGUUUCGUUACAGGACGGCAGGCCACAUUCAACGUUGCAAAUGCUCGAGCACAAGGAACUGCAAUGGGGUCGGUUUAUGGAAUUCUGGGUUUAUUUCUGUUCCAAAGAUUUCUAGACCUGAGUUUCUUAGCUCUAUUACCUUGGAUUGUUUUCACUAGUUUUCUAAUCCACAGCAAGACUUAUGGCCAAGCUGGAGCAUAUUCUGCAGCUAUUGGGGCUUUGUUGAUCUUGGGUAGGAAAGAUUAUGGCUCUCCAACUGUGUUUGCAAUUGCUAGGAUCACAGAGGCGACUAUUGGACUAAUUUGUUUCAUUGUAGUAGAACUUCUCUUCAGUCCUUCAAGAGCAGCAACCCUUGCAAGGAUUGAACUUUCGAAGAGCACUCAACUAUUUGGAAGUUGCAUUGAGAACAUAAUAAUUUGUCCUCAACAGAAGAACACAUCGGCUUCUUCCAGAGCACUGAAAGAAAGGCAGCAUCAGCUGAAAUACCAUGUAGCAAAACUAGAGAAGUUUAUUGCAGAAGCUGAGAUGGAGCCCAAUUUUUGGUUUGUGCCCUUCAAUGGUGCUAGCUACCACAAGCUCUUAGGGUCGUUUUCAACAGUGGUGAAUCUUUUACAAUUCAUAACCUAUAAGAUAGAGUUCAUCUCAGAAGUAUCACAAAGACUUGGAGGUGAUUUGGAAGAGAUCCUAAAACAAGUCAACAAUGAUCUAGAGCUUUUCAAAAACAGUGUCGCCUCUUCCAUGAGACACCUUGAAGAAACCACUUCUACUAUCACUAUUACCCACAAAGAGUUGAAAAAGGAGUUGCAAAGAAGAGAAAACUUACCACACGACACUGAGAUCGGAAGAUCGAAAUGCGAGGAAAAAGAAUUUGGGAAUUCAGUUAAUGAUGAUGAAGAAACAGAGAAAAUCCUAAUCCAACAUCUGGAGGAAGUUGUUGAGAAGAUAUAUGGUUGUGAAGGUACAGAGAAACUAAAGAGACAAAUUUGUCUUUGUUUGAUUGGUCUUGGAUUUUGCAUCCAUAGUUUGGCUAGAGAAGCUAAGAACAUCGAGAAAGAAGUUAAACGGCCAAUGGGAGCAUAG